GCAGGUCGAGGCUCUGGGCUGCCGUUGGCGUCAGUUCCGCUCCUCCCCCAUUUCUGUGAGCCGGGCUGGAGGAGGAGGCGGAGUCGGUUCCUGGUGGGGCUGUGAGUGUCCCCGACCCGCGUCGCGUUACCCACCCCCCGUCCCUCCCAGGAAACAGCCGCCCUCUCCCUUCCCGUCCCGGGCGGGGGGAUUUGAAUUGGCGCCGGGUCCUGCGGCGGAGGCUGCGCUACUAUAAUUGAUGCAAAAUGAGUGUUCCUGACUACAUGCAGUGUGCUGAGGACCAUCAAACUCUCCUGGUUGUGGUCCAGCCAGUUGGGAUUGUCCCUGAAGAAAACUUCUUUAGGAUCUACAAACGAAUUUCAACCGUGAGUCAGAUUAAUGUCCGUGACUCCCAGCGUGUGCUAUAUAUCCGCUAUAGACAUCACUACCCUCCAGAAAACAAUGAAUGGGGAGAUUUUCAGACUCAUCGGAAAGUUGUGGGGCUCAUAAUCAUAACAGACUGUUCCUCUGCAAAGGAUUGGCCCCAAACUUUUGAAAAAUUUCACCUUCAGAAGGAAAUAUAUGGUCCUACACUCUAUGAUUCCCGAUUGUUUGUCUUUGGGCUUCAAGGAGAGGUUGCAGAGCAGCCCCGCACAGAUGUGGCAUUUUAUCCUAGUUACGAUGAGUGUGAAACUGUGGAGAAGAGAAUAGAAGAUUUUAUUGAAUCUCUCUUCAUUGUAUUGGAAUCCAAACGUCUUGACAGGGCCACUGAUAAAUCUGGUGACAAGAUCCCACUUCUGUGUGUCCCUUUUGAAAAAAAGGACUUUGUAGGGCUGGACACUGAUAGUAGACAUUAUAAGAAACGUUGUCAAGGUCGGAUGCGGAAACAUGUUGGUGAUCUGUGUCUACAAGCUGGGAUGUUACAAGAUUCCUUGGUACAUUAUCAUAUGGCUGUGGAACUUCUGCGGUCUGUAAAUGACUUUUUGUGGCUUGGAGCUGCUCUUGAAGGUUUAUGCUCAGCGUCAGUUAUCUAUCACUAUCCUGGUGGCACAGGAGGUAAAGCUGGGGCUCGUAGGGCACAAGGUAGUUCUCUUCCCGCUGAGGCAGGCAACAGACACAGACCAGGGGCCCAAGAAGUUCUCAUUGACCCAGGUGCCCUCACUUCAAAUGGUAUAAAUGCAGAUACUAGUGCUGAAAUAGGACGUGCCAAGAACUGCCUUGGCCCUGAAGACAUCAUAGAUAAAUAUAAAGAGGCCAUUUCGUACUACAGCAAGUAUAAAAAUGCUGGUGUAAUUGAGUUGGAAGCCUGUGUGAAGGCAGUGAGAGUCCUAGCAAUACAGAAAAAAAGCAUGGAAGCAUCUGAGUUUCUUCAGAAUGCAGUUUAUAUCAAUCUUCGUCAGCUUUCUGAAGAAGAAAAAAUCCAGCGUUACAGCAUUCUCUCUGAAUUGUAUGAACGUAUUGGAUUUCACCGAAAGUCUGCGUUCUUCAAGCGUGUAGCAGCAAUGCAGUGUGUGGCACCUAGCAUAUCAGAGCCCGGUUGGCGGGCCUGCUACAAACUGCUUUUGGAGACACUUCCUGGUUACAGUCUGUCUUUGGAUCCGAAGGACUUCAGCAAAGGAACUCAUAAAGGAUGGGCUGCAGUGCAAAUGCGUUUGCUUCAUGAGUUAGUGUAUGCUUCAAGAAGAAUGGGAAACCCUGCUCUUUCUGUCCGACACUUGUCCUUCCUUCUCCAAACCAUGUUGGAUUUUCUCUCUGAUCAAGAAAAGAAAGAUGUAACACAAAGCUUAGAAAACUAUACGUCAAAAUGUCCUGGCACAAUGGAGUUCAUCACACUUCCAGAAGGUUUGAGGUUGCCCCCCGUGCCAUUCACCAAGCUGCCUAUUGUAAGAUCUGUGAAACUCUUGAAUCUCCCCAUCAGUCUUCGGCCACAGAAAAUGAAAAGUUUGUUGGGUCAGAACAUGUCAGCCAAAAGUCCCUUCAUAUACUCUCCAAUUAUUGCACACAAUCGUGGAGAAGAGCGAAGUAAGAAAAUAGACUUCCAGUGGGUCCAAGGAGAUGUAUGUGAAGUUCAGCUGAUGGUGUACAAUCCUAUGCCUUUUGAACUCAGAGUAGAAAACAUGGGUCUCCUGACAACUGGAGUAGAAUUUGAAUCUCUCCCUGCAGCUCUUUCUCUACCUGCUGAAUCUGGCCUCUACCCAGUGACCCUUGUUGGUGUUCCUCAGAAUACUGGGCAGAUCACUAUCAAUGGUUAUCAUACUUCAGUCUUUGGAGUCUUCAGUGAUUGUAUUCUGGAUAACCUGCCAGGAUUAAAGACGAAUGGCUGUGCAGUAGAAGUCAUUCCAGCUUUGCCAAGGCUGCAGAUCAGUACCUCUCUACCAAGGUCUGCUCACGCAUUGCAGCCUUCCUCAGGGGAUGAAAUUUCCACCAGUGUAACUGUCCAGCUUUACAAUGGAGAAACGCAGCAACUUGUCAUUAAAUUAGAAAAUAUUGGAACAGAACCUCUGGAGAAACUAGAGGUCACAGCAAAAACAGUCAACUCAAAAGAAAAGCUGUACGGUGAGUUCCUGAGUUGGAAGCUAGAAGACACUCUCUCCCAGUUUCCCCUAAAACCUGGGAAGAUUGCAACAUUUCAUGUAAACAUUAAAGUGAAGCUGGACUUCUCCUGUCAAGAAAACCUUUUGCAAGACCUCAGUGAUGAUGGAAUAAGUAUUAGUGGACUUCCACUUUCCAGUCCUUUUCGACAGAUUGUCAAACCACGAGUAGACAGCAAACCUAUCAAUCCAACUGAAAGCGGCAAAGUUGGGGACUUCAGUCAUGUUAAGACACUGGAAGCCAUUUUGAAUUUCAAAUACUCUGGGGGACCAGGACAUGCUGAUGGCUAUUACAGGAACCUCUCUCUGGGCCUUCAUGUGGAAGUGGAGCCAUCUGUCUUCUUUACGCACGUCAGUACCCUUCCUGCAACAAGUAUGGCUAUCCAGGUUGACAAGUUUAAUUUCGAGAGUUUCCCAGAUUCCCCUGGUGAAAGGAUACAGUUUGCAAACCCAAAGCAACUGGAAGAAGAGAGACAGCAGGCAAAAGGUCUGGAGAUCAACAGCAAGUUAGAUGUUUGCUGGAAAAUUCCUUCUUUGAAGCGUGAAGGGGAAGCCAGUGUAGAAGGAGUUCUUAAUCAACUGGUCCUAGAGCAUCUACAGUUGGCUCCUCUCCAAUGGGAUGUCUUGGUGGAUGGAAAGGUCUGUGACUGUGACGUUGUAGUAGACUGCAAAGUUGGGGACCCCAUCGCAUUGGAGGUGAAGCUGACCAACUGGAGCAAACACAGUGUUGGCCCAUUUGCUCUAACGGUGAUCCCAUACCAGGAUUACCAAAAUGGAGUGCACAACUACGAGCUCCAUGAUGCCAUCACCUUUGUUGGAUCCAACACCUUUUAUAUUGAUUCAGUGAAACCAACCAAAAAUUCUGUGUGUUUUGGCGCCCUGCUCUUUCUCUAUACAGGUGAUUUUUACUUGAACAUCAAGUUUCAUGAAGACAACUCCAGCAGGGAGCUUCCUCUUUCUUGGUUCUGCCUGCCCAGUGUUCACAUUCGUGCUACGGAGCCUGUGAUCCAAACUAAACUGUAAAUGUACCAUAUGAUAUUGGAUUAGCCACAGUGCACAGAAACACUUGACAUGUCCUCUGCUUGACCCCACUUUGUUUCUUUCCAACCCCAGACCACAGGCCUUUCUUUGGAGGCACAGCUGAACACUUUUAGAAUUGGCUGAAGUCAUUUGGGCAGCUGCCUUUGCUUAUUUGGAAAGGAGUGAUGGAAUAUAAUGUACUGGAUCUCCCCCCCUCCCCUUCCAAAAAGCCUGUGGUAGCCACUAAGGGAAAAAUUCUUCUCUUCCUGAUAGCCAGCCAUGCCUCCCCAUUGAUAUCAGUGGAUUUGCAGGGGUGUAUGUGAAAGCUGAAUUUAGCCAUGAGCUUGAAGGUCUUAGCUCCAAUCUGAAUGAUACCUAAGGAUAUAUUGUCAGCACUUGAACAAGAGUUGUGUUUCUCCACUAAAUUCCCACCACCACCACACUGAAUACACCAUUUGGGACCUAUUUUCUCAGUCAGUUUCUUCCUAUGCUUGUUUCUAAACCCUUUGUUUGCUGGGUAUAUUGGUGUCUUUCUAACUCAGAAUAAAUGUAAGCCAUGCAAUAGCAGAACAGUUUUUUUUCUUUCCCACCAGAUUCUAAGGAACGCAGCAGCAGUAAUGCCUUUUAAUUUGUUACUUAUGGCAGGAAAUAACGGUAACUAUAUCUCCAGUUCUUCUUGAUAGAAUAGGCAUGAUCCCAAAAAGAGCUCUCCGCCCCUCCUUGGUCACAGUGCAGUUACUUCCCUUUGUGCAUCAGUAAACAAGAAAAGAAGGAAAGCAAGACAGAUAGAAACGUUUCUAUUUUUGCCAGAAAGGAGAGAAGCCAAGUAUUUGCCUGCCUGUGGGUAGCCUAUGAUGUCAGAGUGCCACAGGCCUAUUUCAAUGGCAGUUGGGAGCCAUUUCAAGCCCCUUAAAAUGCCACCAAGAUGAAUCUGCUGAUAGUUUUUAAAGCUUUUCACAAGAAAUUGUUUCCAAACGUCUACUAAUCAGGAUUAGACAGGCCAGGCCAGACUAUGGUAUUUUCUUCUUUUCUUUGUCGAAUGAAUAAAAUGAAAUGUUACGGAAUAUCUGCUGCAAGAUACUUCACUGUGGCUGUAGCUGCCAAAUGCACUGUAAAUUUACUUUACUGUGUUGUCUUUUACAUCGAAGCUUUGAAUAAAGAGGCCAAGGCUUUCCCUAGCUGAAGCACUGAUGGUGUCUGAUCUGUACGUGAAUUUUUCUUUGCUGUGUGAGUCAUAUUUGUGUCUAAACAUGCAAAUAACCAAAUGCAUAUUUUAUUCAGAUAUGAUGGCUUUACAGCCCACUCCUACUGGCAAAAUUCUCAUUGUCUUCAGUAGAAACACAAUCCUGCCCAGGCUCAAAUGAAUGAUGAAUCCUGCAGUUUUUGAAUGGCAAUAAUGCAAAAAUAUUCCCACUUGAACAGUUUCUAAGCAUGAGGGAACUUUUGCUUCAGGCUAUAGUAUCUACAUUUCCAGUACAUUCAAGCAGCAGUGAUUCCGUUUGCUCCAAAAUUUUGUUUGUCACAACACAGUGAACGUUCGCUUUUGAGUUGGAGGAAACAUCUAUCUAGAGCUUUAGGAUUUCAGAGGAAAAGGUCUCUACAGUUCAAAUGACUGUCUAAAAAGCUUGUUUGGAACGACAAAUUCUUCUGUCAGCUGCAAAGGGGUGCAAUGUCCUGUGACAGCAGUAAUAGUUCCACAGCUUUGUACUGCUCUUCUUAGGGCAGGAAAGCCUGACAGGGAAGAGCCUCUGAGUGACUCGAGCUUGGCACCUUCUUUACGUUGGCAGAGCUCCAACGAACAGAGCUGUGCGGUGGGGCCAAACUUGCUGCAUACCAUCGCCUGCCUAUGUGGGUGUUAAGGAAAGAAGUGAGGCGAGUGGGAAUUCAGUUUCUCCAGAAAGGCUUUGCUUUUCUUGCAUGCGCCCGUACUGCAUAAUGUGAUUCAAUAAUAUUACUGUACCACCACACUCUAAAUUGAGAUUAAUUCAGUAAUCCCCAAAAGAUAUUCUUCGUGCUACAGUUGCUGCUAGGAAUAAAGCUAAGGCUUUACGAGGACCACAUUUAUCUGGGUGUGAGACAAAAAUAUUGAUGGAUACCCUAGCUCUGAGACUGUUAAUGGAAGAUUUUCUCUCUCUCUCUCUCUCUCUCUUCGAGUAGAGGAUGUUGUACUGUGAAACCUGUACUGAUGUGCAAUCCUCUGGUAUAAUGACCAGGGAAAUAGCACCAUUUUACCAUUAAAGGGCUAAUCCAAAGCCCAUCCAAGUAAUUGGAAACACUCCUGUCGAAUUCGAUGGGCUUUGACUCAAGCUCUAACAGCUGUCAUUGUAAUAAAAGAAAGCUGCACGUUUCUCAA